CGGCGGCGGGACCCGGGGUGCUGCACGGGGCGCCGCGGGACCCCGCGACGGGACUGGCGGGGAGGGGCGGGGCCGGGGGCGGGGCCGGCGGAGCCGACGCGGAAGCGGCAGAAGCGCUUAGGGCCGCCGCAGGUGGAUACCGGUGGCGGGGUAAGGUGACCCGAGGGAUGCUGCUGCCCGUGCUCUUCGGGCGGCUGAAGGCGGCGGUCGUCGGGGUGGUGCACGUGGGAGCGCUGCCAGGGACACCAAGAAGUUCUCUUCCAUUGACCCAGAUCAUUGAUCAAGCUUGUCAAGAGGCAGAAGUUUACAAGGAUGCUGGGGUUGAUGGCUUGAUAGUAGAAAACAUGCAUGAUCUUCCUUACACGGUGUGUCCUGGGCCUGAAGUAACCACAGCGAUGACAGUCAUUAGUGCUGCACUGAGACGAACCUGCCCCCACCUCGCACUGGGUGUCCAGAUCCUGUGUGCUGCAAAUCAACAGGCGAUAGCGGUUGCUCUAGCUGCAGGUCUUGAUUUUAUCCGUGCUGAAGGGUUUGUGUUUUCUCAUGUUGCUGAUGAAGGGAUUAUAAACGCCUGUGCAGGUAACCUGCUACGCUACAGAAAACAAGUUGGAGCAGAGAACAUUCAGAUUUUUGCUGAUAUUAAAAAGAAACAUAGUGCUCAUGCUCUGACGGCGGAUGUCAGCGUUGCCCAGACCGCUUCAGCUGCUGAGCUCUUCCUGGCUGAUGGGGUUGUACUGACUGGCACAGCCACUGGACUGCCCACGGAUCCCCAGGAGCUGAAAGAGGUUAAAGAUGCUGUGAAGAUUCCUGUACUGAUUGGGUCUGGAGUGACUCUGGAGAAUGUGAGGAAUUACUUGGAUGCAAAUGCUCUAAUAAUUGGUUCUUAUUUCAAGAAAGAAGGUUAUUGGGCAAAUGCUGUUGAUCCUGACCGAGUAAAGAAAUUUAUGGAACACCAAGCUCCUACAGCUUUGUACCUCUCCAGACUAGUAUUAGUGAUGUUAAAACCUGCCAGGUUUCCUUCAAUACACAAGGUGUAAUUAUGAUGGAAACCUUUCUACCAAAGCUGACAGGUAAACACAGAUUUUCAUUUUUCCUGUAAAAUGUAGAGGGAAAAUAUUACAGUCGUACUGUGCGUGUUGUAAGAGUUUCCCCUUGAAUUUGAUCUUUUAGCUAUAAGGAAUUUUAAAAGAACUGAAAGAACAGGAGCCAUCUUCAAAUAGUCAGCUGAAAACUACAACCAAUACACUGAUAAGGAUUGUUCUGUGAUGAUAAUUAUUUUUAAAGAAACUGAUUACAGUUGCCAAAAGUCACAUUCAUUACUAUGAGUGUGAAAAUAUAAUGUGUUACCAGCAUCUUUUUGAAUUGGUACCUACUCAUUCACAUCCCCAAAACAGAAGUGACUGGAACUCAAAUGGGUUUUCAUCUGAAUAAAAGGGGUGGUGAGAACUGCUUCAAUGCUGUAUGUAAGGUCUAAAUGCAGUAAUGUCAGACGUAGUAGUCUUUGUAAGACAAAACCCCUUAUGAGUUGGUGUAAACUCAUAGCAUGCAAUGAAUAAUGUGGACAGCACUCCCACUGUCAGGAUUUCAUUAAACAUACCACUGUGCAACACUUAUGAAAGGAAGAGGUCAUGUUUUGGGUCCAUAUUGUUACAUGCGGAUGGUAAGCGCAGAAUUUAGGGAACAGAAGUAGAGGAAAGAUGAUUCUAAAGCCUGAAAAUGUGACUGAUGGCCAACUCUUUAUCAUUCUUUGUGCUGAAAGUAUUUGUCUAGCAGCAUUAAGCAUCUGCUUGCCUGUUUCACACAGAUGCUGUAAGUUGAAUUUGACCUUUUUGUUCAGAAAGUGUUUGAAUACUUAAUGUAAAAAUAUUAAGUUAUCAGAAAGGCUGUCUCUUUUGGGAAGACGGUUCAAUUUUUAUACAGCCCAAGUUGUUAAAGUACUUUGGAGCAUGAACAACUUCAGAGCAGAACAAAACAGGCAGUGCUAAUGUGUAGAAACUCCAGAAGUAAAUAACAGCUGUUCAAGAAGACUUCUAUUAAAUAUGUAUUAAUUAAUUUGAAGUGCAUCACUUAAAUAUGUGAAGAGAUUAUCUUCUGUUAAUUUACAUUAAACCACACAGCACUUGUUAGCCUCAUUACAGUAUCCUAAGUAUAUCGUAAGCUAUCA